GUUGUACCAUGACUCGAGGACAGCAAAAGAUUCAAGCACAACAACGAAACGCCAAGAAACAAGCGGAUCUGAAGAAGUCCACCGUUGACCAAAAGAAGGCGGCUAGCAAGGCUUUGAUUUACCAGUGCACGGUUUGCAAGACUCAGAUGCCUGAUCCGAAGACAUACAGACAACAUUUUGAGAACAAACACCCGAAAAACCCUUUGCCAGAAGAGUUGAAAGAUGUGAGCGUGAAUUUACUGACCGGAAGGUCUGUGGUUCGAACCCUGCAUCUCGACUUCCCGUCUAGGCUUGGGCAACCUGGCAGUAUCCCAGCCGUCGAGCUUCCUUCGGGUGGCAUGGCAGCUAGGGACCAAAAGAGUGCUACAGCUGAGCGAUUUUUGACCACCGAUGUCCCAGAAGCGUUGCUGUUGUUGGAUGACUCCAACAAAUUCGUGACGAAUGGAUUAGAAAAUGGGCAUUCGGUUGAGCGAGAUGGUUCAAAGCGCGAAUAUACUGACCGGAAGGUUCGUGGUUCGAACCCGACCUCUGCCUCUCGACUUCUCCUGUCUAGGCUUGAGCAAUCUGACAGUAUCCCAGCCCUCGUGCCUCCUUCGGGUGGCAUGACAGCCAGGCACCGAAAGGGUGUUACAGUUGAACGAGCAGGUGUUCGGUUAUGCCGCAGGGGCUUCAGUCGCGGAGAACAUCCAGCACUAUCAACUACGUGGGCUCGGCCAUAUGCUACGCAUACCGAGACGAGUGUUAUUCUGCAUGUCUCCUUCAGAAUGACACAAAUCGCUCCCGUGUUCCCACCUGCGCUUGGCUGGAGACAUUGCAAGAAAUGGCGGCUGAUCGAUGUCAGUGGCGUUCGUGUUGUCAGUUUUUUUCAGAUUGUCCUACUGAACAUUUGGAGAUGUAGGCACCUCAAAAUGCUUGCGAUAGGCCAGCACCAGGUCCCUUUCAUCUCUUCUUAUCACUGUUGUACGGCAGUGAGAAGUGCUCAUAGCGAGCUGGCUCAGUGCUUAGAGGGCGAAUUUACUGACCGGAAGGUCCGUGGUUCGAACCCGAUCUCUGCCCCUCGAGUUCCCCUGUCUAGGCUUGGGCAACCUGGCAGUAUCCCAGCCCUCGAGCUUCCUUCGGGUGGUAUGGUACCUAGGCACCGAGAGGGUCCUACGUCUGAACGAUUCACCCCCCUUAGAAGAUGCACUGCGUUCAUUGUGUUUUCGGACUUAGCUUUGAGGCGAAGAUCCCUCU